CGGGGGUGUUGUUAUUAGCUCUGGAGCGUGCGAAAUUUGGUCAGUGUCGAUUUGACUGUCUUAAGAGUGUUGAGGCGUAUUGCAUUCUUGACUCCUAUAUAUUUAAAGAACACUAUCGGAAUCCCGUGAAGAAAAGAUGCCAGGUGAAAGACUGUCAAUCCGAGAUAACUCCUCUGUCGGCCGUUUCCACGGUGUUUCUGCCAGUAAUGGCGAUGCCGUCCCAGAGAGCAACACCGAGUCCAAAACAAAGAAAGAGAGCGGAUGCCGCCGUUGGCUUCGAAGAGCUUGUCCGUGCUGCUUCCAGCGACAGAACAGCUCGUAUGAUGUGACCAGUGACACGGAUGGUGUGGUUGCUAGAAACGGAGAGAACGAAGGCCCCACGUCUCCUGUGACCCCCACCGGAGAUACAGAACUGGAUGAGUUGACUCUGGCGGUGCGUUCUGUGAAUCUGCUCAGCCAGAAAUCCGAUCGGAACAAGAAGGAGCAUCACACGGAUCAAUACUUCAGCGACCAGCUCAUCAUCCGCAGAGGCCAGACUUUCCAAAUGGAGCUCGACUUCUCACGACCUUUCAACCCAAACACAGAUAAACUUCACCUGGAACUAAAGACAGGGCCGCUCCCGCAGGUGUCAAAGAAGACUCACAUCAUCAUCCCGUUGGUGGACGAGCUCCAAGACGACUGCUGGGAGGCCAAAAUCGUGGGGCAGAAUGUCAAUCAGAUCAGGCUGUCCAUCAACUCCCCCGUCAAAGCAAUUAUCGGAAAGUACAAGCUGACCAUUACAACGCAGUGUCAUAAGACGGGUGAAACUACCACGCAUGACCCCAACAAAGACGUCUACAUGCUCUUCAAUCCCUGGUGCGAAGAUGACACGGUGUACAUGGAGAGUGAGAAGGAGCUGAAGGAGUACGUCUUAAAUGACACUGGAAGAAUCUACUAUGGCACUGAGUUGCAGAUCGGAGCUCGUACGUGGAACUUCGGCCAGUUUGAUGAAGGAAUUCUGGAGGCCUGUCUGUUUGUCCUGGAUAAUAGCGAGGUUCCUCCCUCAGGUAGAGGAGAUCCUGUCAAUGUGGUCCGAGUUAUUUCUGCCAUGAUCAAUUCCCCAGAUGACCGUGGCGUUCUGGAGGGAAACUGGUCUGGGAAUUAUGUGGGUGGGACGUCUCCCACAGCCUGGAGUGGAAGCAUUGAAAUCCUUAGGCAGUACCACAAAGAAGGAGGAACACCCGUCAAAUACGGCCAGUGCUGGGUGUUUUCUGGGGUCACGACCACAGUAUUGAGAUGUCUAGGUAUUCCUUGCCGUUCCGUAACUAAUUUCCAAUCUGCCCAUGAUACGGACGUGUCCUUGACAACAGAUGUGUAUUUUGAUGAGGAUAUGCAACCAAUCCAUCAUCUCAACUCAGACUCUGUAUGGAACUUCCAUGUUUGGAAUGAUUGCUGGAUGGCCCGUCCAGAUCUGCCUCCAGGUAUGGGUGGCUGGCAGGCCGUGGAUUCCACUCCCCAGGAGACCAGUCACGGGACAUUCCGCUGCGGCCCGGCGUCACUGGCCGCUAUUCGCUCUGGACAGGUCUACCUUAAGUUCGACACGCCUUUCGUCUUUGCUGAGGUGAACAGUGAUAAGAUCUACUGGCAGAGGAACCCGGACGGCACUUUUAGUCAGGUCCACAGUGAGAAGAAAGCUGUCGGUCACUGCAUCAGCACUAAGGCUGUGGGCUCUGAUGAGCGUGUCGACAUCACAAACCUUUACAAAUAUCCUGAAGGCUCAGAAGAGGAGCGUAUUGCUGUGGAAACGGCCUGUCGCUAUGGCAGUAAACCGGACGUCUACUCCAGUCCCAUUGCUGAGGAUGUGCGGGUGGAGGUGAGGAUGGAGGGAGAAGGUCCACUCAUGGGAGGAGAUGCUAAGUUGAUGAUCGUGCUGAAGAACACAAGCUCUCAGCCGCGCAGAACUACUCUCCACAGCCAGGCGGCGGUCAUGUACUACACUGGCGUGCUGAGGGACACUGUGAAGAAGGACACACUCAAUGUGGAGCUUAAGCCACAGGAAGAGAAGGUCAUUGAGUGGGUUCUGCCAUACACGCAGUAUCAGAAUCAACUGGUGGACCAGGCCGCACUCAUGAUGACCCUGUCUGGACGGGUCAGUGAGACCCAGCAGGUUUUGGCCAAUCAGACCAGCUUUAGGCUCCGAACACCUGAUCUCAAAAUUGAGCCCAUCGGAGAGGCGUAUGUGGGCAAGGAGAUGUCUGCAAAGAUCACCUUCACAAAUCCUCUGCCUUGUACUCUCCGUAAUGUGGUUAUCCGAGUGGAAGGACUGGGGCUGAGAGACCUUCAUCCCAUCAAAGUCGGUGAUGUGAGCAAACAUGGCAAUGUGACCGUGACGGAGCACUUCAUCCCCACGAUAGCGGGCCAGAGGAAGCUGGUGGCGUCUCUAGACUGCAAACAGCUGACGCAAGUGCACGGCGUGGCCGACAUCGACGUUCAUGAGAGCCAGUGAAUUAGCUGCACUUUUAAGUAGUGUACGCUGAGCCAUGUGGUUAAUUCUUUAAAGAAAUAACCCUCUUUCUCACAUACAACCGUUUCUACUGUAUGUCCCUAAUUUGAAGUUUUUUAUUUCCUUUUAGACAUUAUUUAUUUAAAAAAAAAACUAUACUGUGUUUAUUAACGGUUAUCUUUAGUUGAUCAAAUGAAAAAAAAACUAUUAAUGUGUGUAUUUAAAUUUUACUUUAUGAAUGUUAAUCUAAAAAAAUAUAGAUAUUUUAUUGUGGAUAAACACAUGUAGCUCAUUCGUUUCAUUUCUAAGCACCUGUACUGCCUUACACUGCAUACUGUUCACAGUUUAUUAAUAUUGAAUUUACAUCUAACUGCAUUUGUCUAAUGCAUAAUUCUGUUGUACCUUAACUUAAUUUUGUAAACUAAUACUAUACCUACGCACUUCACCGAUAAAGGUAUAUGAAGACACUUACAUUUAAUGGCAUAUUAGGUUUUUAUGAAGGAGAUAAAACUAGUUUGUUUUUGUAUUAUUUAUGUAUUUUGUUGUUUAAAAAAUGUCAUUUUAUUAACAGCAUAUUUUGUUCUCUGUGGUAGUUUUUUGAAGAUGUUUCUUUCAACUGCUUGAACAAGAUGAGACUUGUGUGCUUGAUUUGAAAAGAUAAAGUAAAGCACUCCCUUGUUUGCAUUUGAACAAAUGUCAUCUGUCGUGAGAUCAACAUGUUGAAGAGGUUUUUUAAACGAUUUGCUCACACCAAACACUUGCACCUGAAUUAAGAGUUGCAUUUCAAGUUGUUUACUACAAAUUAAUCCACAAAAUCAAAAAUACUGCAAGGACAAUUCAGUACUUCCAUUUGAUACCUUACAUUUCUAGUAUGCCAAAUAAGUCAGAAAUAUCAGAGGAUUAAGAUACAAAACAUCCAUAUUUGUGACCCAGGACCACAAAACCAGUCUUAAGUCGCUGGGGUGUAUUUGUAGCAAUAGCCAAAAAUACAUUGUAUGGGUCAAAAUGAUUGAUUUUUCUUUUAUGCCAAAAAACAUUAGGAAAUUAAGUAAAGAUCAUGUUCCAUGGAGAUAUUUAGUAAAAUUCCUACUGUAAAUAUAUCAAAACUUAAUUUUUGAUUACUAAUAUGCAUUGCUAAGAACUUCAUUUGGAAACUUUAAAGGUUCUUUUCUCAAUAUUUAGAUUUUUUUGCACCCUAAAAUUCCAUAUAUUCAAAUAGUUGUAUCUCAGCCAAAUAUUGUCCUAUCCUAACACACCAUACAUCAGUUGAAAGCUUAUUUAUUAUGAUGUAUAAAUCUCAGUUUUGACAAAUUGACCCUUAUGAUUGUGGUCCAGGGUCACAUUUGUGAUGUAGUGAGGCCAUGCUACUAGCAUAGUUUACUACUGUUCAAAACAUUUGUGACCCUGAACCACAAAACCAGUCAUAAGGGUCCAUUUUUUUUAACUAAGAUUUAUUCAGAUUUGAAAGCUAAAUAAAUAAGCUUUGAAAAUCAGGAAUCUGAGGGUGCAAAAAAUCUAAAUGAAGUUCUUAGCAAUGCAUAUUACUAAUCAAAAAUUAAGUUUUGAUGGUAGGAAAUUUACAAAAUAUCUAAAUGGAACAUGAUAUUUAAUAUCGUAAUCAUUUUUGGCAUAAAAGUAAAAACUGCCAUACUGUAUUUUUGGCUAUUGCUACAAAUAUACCCGUGCUACUUAAGACUGGUUUUGUGGUCCAGGGACACAUUUGUUUUUGCAUACUAUUUCAUAUUCUUUCAGCUGCAUUCUUACCUCAAAGAGCAAAAAGCUGCAUUUAGCGCCUCGUAGUGUCACUUCAUUGUAAUGACAAGAGGAAUGAGAACAGCUCAUUGAGUCUGAUAAAAUCUUAAGAUAUUUUCACGUUUAUUCUACGACCUAAUAUACAUCAGUAAUACCCGAUUCCUGAUUUUUUUUAAAGCUUUCAUGAAUCUUGAAAAAGGUGGUUGCUUAAUUUUUAAACUAUUCUAACUCCAACUGUUGUGGAAAAUGUUUUUAAAUAAAGGCCGCCAUUUGUUAUGGGUCUGACUUCCGGUCUCAUUCGGACGGCGGCUAGUUUUAGGUACAAAGCGGCGUUUUGCUGCUUGAUAUAGCAAAUUGGUGUGUCUUGUCAUAUUAUUUCAAUGUAUUAUUUUAAUCAUGAACACACUGGUUUGUAGUGCAAACAGUGUCAUUGUUAUUCUUCUUGUUAUUUCCCCUAUAUUUGUAACGUUAACAAACCGGAAGUCUCGUCCAUAGGGUUACUUCUGCGUAGAAGAAAAACUUUAGCUAAUUACGUCUGCCAAUUGUAUAGGCUUCAGAAUUCACAAAAGUUGUGUUCAUUUUUAAAUAUUAUCCUGAUAAACAAAGUAUGUCAGAAUCACAAACUUGUGUCAGUCACCAAGCAUAUUUUCUGCAAUAAUCUAGAAACCAAUGGAAAAAUCCUGUUGGGUUUGUGUUGGGGGAACCAGGGUGAUG